AUGAGAAGAGCAGUGCUUGACUGGGCUAAACGGUUCAAUAUUAUUCAAGGUGUUGCUAGAGGACUUGUUUAUCUCCACCAUGAUUCCUGUUUGAAGGUGUUGGAUGAGAAGAUGAGCCCAAAAUUUGAAUUUUGGUUGGCACGUAUCUUCCAAGGGACACAGAAUCUAGCAAACACUCAGAGUCAGAAGGUUGUGGGAACUCUCUAUAUGUCUCUGGAGUAUGCCUGCUAUGGGCGGAUAUUUUCAGAAAAAUCUCAUGCAUAUAGCUUUGGGGUCUUGCUAUUGAAGAUUAUUGGUGGCAGGAAAAAUACCAGCUUCUAUUACCAUGACCAACAGCUCCUAUAUUUACUUUCCAAAGCUGUCUUUGAUCCUCUACCACAGUAUGACAAUAUUUGCUCCGCAAACGAAGCUACCAUAACACUGCUUAAAGGAUGA